AUCCUCUCUCAUUUCCUCACUCACAAAACAUUAUCCCAAAUUGAUUGUGAAAUGAGUGGCUCUCCAUCUUCAUAACUUUAACACCCAAAUCCCAUAUAUCUUUAUAUUAUUAUAUAUAAAAUAUAAAUAUAACCCAACCAAAAAAAAAAAAAAAAGAAAAAACAUCUCCAAAAAGGGGAAGAAAGAAAGAAAACACAAACACACAAACACCUGUCUACAAAACAAAAGAAAAAACCCAACAACAAAAUCUUCACUUUCUUUCCUUUCCUGGAGAAACUAUCUUUAAUUAGCUGCUUGUGAAUAUUUUGAGUGUGAGACGGCAAUCAAUGGCUUCUUCUUCCUCCUCCACAUUUGCUCUCUCUUCCUCGGCCUCCACCCUCCUCGAUUCUAAGGCCCCUCGACAAUCCGGUUCGCCGUCAUCGACCGUGCCGCUCCCCACUCUCCCGUCGCCGCCUACUCCAUCGGCUCAGAUCCGCCCUUGGAAGUCCACUGCCUAUUGUCGGAAGAUUGCUCGCAAUGUGAUGGCGAUGGCAACCGGAGAAGUCCCAGCUGAAGUGGCGGCGGGGGAGCUGGCGGAGAUGCCUGAAAUUAUCAAAAAAGUUCAAGAAGCUUGGGAUAAGGUUGAAGAUAAGUAUGCUGUGAGCUCACUUGCUGUCUCCGGUUUCGUCGCCCUUUGGGCCUCCGCUGGCGUCGUCUCCGCGAUUGAUAGGCUUCCUCUAGUUCCUGGCCUGCUUGAGCUUGUGGGAAUUGGCUACACCGGGUGGUUUGCAUACAAGAAUCUGAUUUUCAGACCAGAUAGGGAAGCAUUGUUGCAGAAACUAAAGGAAACCUACAGUGAGAUAAUAGGGAGCAGCUAAAGAAGAUUAAUAUUGAUGUGUGUUCAAAGAGGGGGAUUUAAUUAUUCUCUAUGGCUAAUAAUUAUAAUUAAGAGUCUAAAUUCUGGUCUUCUUUUUUUUUUUUUUUUAAUUUCAAGCCAAAAAAAUAAAAAAAAAUAAUAAUAAAUAAUGAUCUUUAUAAUUAA